AUGCUUAUGCAUCACAUGUUCGUAAAAAAGGCUGGACCCCAAGGACUUCUUGAAAGGCAAGAAGACUUGCCAUAUUACAGGAUCAGAUUUGCUAGACUUACGGGUUUUGGAUUAAAAUUCUAUGAUGAGACCUCAAAUACUUACUUACGUGUGAAAUACUAG